UGCACCUUCAUGAUGCCAUUUACUACUCCACGUUGACACACGUCAACAUGGCUUCGAGAGAAAGUAACCUGACUGCGCUGUACACGGAAUUAAAUAAAUUAGGACAAAACGGGGAAUACGAGAGAGCCUUGAAAACCGCAAACAGAAUCUUAGGCAUUUCCCAAGAUGAAGAGGCGGCAUUACACUGCAAGAUCAUCUGCUACAUACAGCUGUCCAAGUUCAAUGAGGCGUUACAAAUCAUUUUUAAAACCCCCAAAUUGGCAGCGAACUUGGAAUUCGAGAAAGGAUACUGUCUGUAUCGUUUAAAUCAAGUUUCUGAGGCACUGCAAGUGAUCGAAAAUGUACAGAAUCCUUCUUUAAAGAUCAAGGAAUUGAAGGCCCAGAUUUUAUAUCGUUUAGAAAAAUACGAGGAGUGUUUCGCAGUAUACAGAGACAUCAUCAAGAAUUCGCACGACGAAUACGAAGAGGAAAGGGAGACCAAUCUCGCCGCCGUGCUUGGCAAUCUGGCGGUCGAGGGUUCGGAUUUAGAAGUCCCUUCGUUGCGCGAGCACACUUACGAAUUGACGUACAACGCAGCGUGCCGCUUGAUCGCGCAGGGAAGUAAGGACGACAGAGCCACGUUGAUAGAGGCUGAGAAGAAAUUGAAGAUCGCCGAGAAAAUGUGCAAGGAGGGCCUGGAGGAGGAUGGGGCGUCCGAGGAGGAAAUCGAGAAUGAACUGGGCGUAAUUCGAAUACAGCUCGGUCAUUGCCUGCAGUUGCAGGGGCGAGAGAAAGAAGCGCAAGCGUUGUACACGGCUGUUCUGAAAGCCAAGCCGGACGAUAUCGCACUGGUCGCCGUAGCCAGCAACAAUUUGGUAUGCCUGAAUAAGGAUCAAAACGUCUUCGACAGCAAAAAGAGGAUGAAAAGUGCCACUCACGAGAGUCUGGAGCACAAGUUAACCUCCAGACAACGGAGAAACAUCACGUACAAUCAGUGUUUACUAGCGUUUUAUACCGACCAGGGUGAACAGUGUCACCAGCUGUGCAAUAACCUAGCGAAAGGCGCACUCGCGGCGGACGCGAUGUUCGUGAAAGCUGUGCAAUUUAGCAAGGAGGGUAAAGCGCUGGACGCGGCAAAGUUGUUAAUCCGACAUGCGGACGGCGAGAAGGAACUGCCGAUGAAAUUGGCCGGCGUGCAAGUACUUCUGAGUCAGGACCAGAGGAAAGAGGCGAUCGCCAUCCUCGAGGAUCUAAACGAAAGGGACAGAUCUCUGCCGGGAAUAGUCAGCGCGCUCGUAACGCUUCACACGGCCGACAACAAUCGCGAAAAAGCGUCGGAGGCUCUGAAGAACGCGGUCGCUUAUUACAAGAAAAACAAAGAAACCAACAAGAAUCUGGGGGAAUUAUGGCGACAGGCCGCUAAUUUUUACUUGCGGAGCGGGGAACUGCAGAUCGCUGCCGACAUUCUGCAAGAACUGGUCGACGCUUCGCCGUCGGACAUCAAGACUUUGGCUCAGUUAGUGGUCGCUUAUGUCCAAUUUUGCCCUACUAAAGCGCAGGCGUUGUCGAAACGGUUGCCGCCGCUUCACGAUCUCGCCGAAACCAUAGACGUCGACGCGCUGGAGAGCAGCAAUUGGGUAAUCGGGACUAAAGUGGUCAAGAAGAAGGUGGAACCUGCUCCUGGGAAACCAGUGUUAGACGCGGUGCAAAAGAAGCAAAAGAAGAAGCGCAAGCGCAAGGGUAAGCUGCCGAAGAACUAUGAUCCGAAUGCCCCUCCGGAUCCGGAGCGAUGGUUACCGAGACACGAGCGCAGCGGAUUCCGUAAGAAACGGGACAGGAGGAACAGAGACGCCGCCAUGAAGGGAACUCAGGGAGCCGCCACGGGAGCCAGUGAUCUUUAUGACAUCACCAAAAUGCCCGCGAAUGCCAAGCCUUCUCCGAAUCCUCGUCACAGUCCGGCGGUGGAGACCUCCGGUCCACGUCAGCAACAACGCAAAGUCCAACAGAAGAAGAAGAAGAAAGGCAGCAAGUGGUAACGAUUUUGAUCGAAUCGCUAUGUUAAACUCUAAAUUUUCUCGAUAUGUAUUAAUUAGAUUGUAUAGUCUACUGGAAGGGGGUGAAAGAAACGUUUCUUACUGUAAGAAAUACAAAAACAAGAGCAAUCAAAUGCAUUUGCUACCGUGUAGCUGUAUUUUACAUGAGUGGAACGCAACAUUGGGAUAUAUAUGAAACAUAUAAUACUGCCAUCGAAAGAAACAAGAGGAAGGAUAGGAUACAAGUAUGAAAUGCGCGAUGUAUUAUUAAGAGAGCACGUUUUAAAUCCCUCCGCCGGUUGUCCGCGCGUCAAUUUAUCAUCCGCGUAUCUAACGCCGCAUCUUGAUGCACGCAAUGUAGACUAUAUAUCAAACUCAACCCGUUAAUUUUCAUUAUUGUUGUAAACUACAUUCUGUCAUCGGCGCUUUUUUCUUUUUAUAUUUCGCAAACUCACCCUGUUUGGGAAACUCGGAGAGAAGCAAUAUGUAAAUACAAAGUUUAAGCUAAAAAUUUGAAUUGUGCUAUAUAAAAUAUUUUUAUUUCCUUCUCAAACGUUCCUCUCAGUCAACUCGUCACAUAUCAACACAUGUAAAUAACAUAUCUUUCGCAUACAUUGACUAGGGGUAAGCGAUACACACAUCUUUACGUCUUACUGAUAACAAUUAUAUAUAAAAAAUACAAUCUGUUUUCAUUC